CGUGGCAGGGAGCACAACACUUGCCGUUUAAAAAUAAUUAUUAUUUUUACUAAUUCUUUACGUUAAUAUAUGUAUAUUUGUGUAUUCUAUGUGUUACUAAUAUAAGAAUAAUAAUAACAACAAUUAUUUAUUUAUUUAUCAUUAAUAAAUUAUUUUUCAUAAAUAAAAUGACGGCUGUAAAUAAAUCUGGAUUUUUUUGUAUAUAUUUUUUAUGGGCAACGUUCGAGUGGUGAAAAAACAUUGACGUUAAAAUAUAUAUAUAUAGAUAUAUAUAUAUUGGUGCCGCAGUCACGAUAUUGUUUAUUUAGUUGUACAUAAUUUAAAAAAAAAAGUCUAUUAUAUUUUGAAAAUUAAGAUGACGUGGGAUACGUGACGUGCGGACGUCGUCUUAAUUAUUUUGUUGUGAUUAUUAUGAACUGUUGCAAUUAUUAUUAUUAUUAUUAUUGGCAUAAUGUACAGGAGUUAAAGUACCGAAAACUUUAAAUGGUUUGUUGUACGGCUAAGAGUGUCACGCGCUACCAAAUGUCUAUUGUUCUUUGACGGUUUGUUGGUGAACGUGUUGUCAUACAUUAAAUAUAUUAAUUAUUCAUGUUAAUUAUUAUCAUUACUACGGUCAUUGUUAUAUAGUAAUAAUAAUAUUAUUAUUAUUAUUAUUAUUAGUAAAAAUCAUUAGUUAAAUUUAUCACAUAUCCGACUCAUAUCGACCAGACUUUAUGUAAAUAAAUAAUAAGUGUCCAAUGGAAUAAAAUAAUUUAAAUAAAUAGUAUUUAUUAUAAUAAAGUACUUUGAUAAUUAAAUGUGAGUUAUUUAAAAUAAAUAAUAUUUUAUGGGUGCCUCAUAAUGUUUCAAUAAAUUAGUGCCUAAUAAUGUACUUGCAAUAAAAAGAAGAGGAGGGAUAUGAUAUUUUGAAUUCGUUAUCUUAAUAAUUGGAUCCGUGGUGAUUUAAACUGCGGAGUUUGGGGCAAUUGGAUGUAAUUAAAAACGAAUGUGCAUACCACUACUGAAUUGUAAGCACGCGCUGGUGCACGUUAGCAGAAUCACAGCCGUUAGAAUUAGUUAUGUCACAAUUAAUGCUAUGCAAUCUUGCAAAUACUUCAACUGCGGGAAAUGAUACCAAUAAUAACGCAAGUAGCAGUAUGGAGGACGACGACUCAUAUCCACUGCCCACUAUUUAUCGGUGUCGUGCUCCUAUAGCGAGUCUUGAUUGUAUGGAAGAGUUCAAUGGUAGUAACGGUGGUGCAGACUCAGGGAUUCAUUGUAGUACAACGCAGCAAGGUACAAAAGAACAACUACUGACGAGUUGCAUAACGUCCCAGAGCCAACGUUCACAACAUCCAUCCCCGGGUAUUCGUUACCGCAACUUGGGUAAAAGUGGUCUCCGUGUUUCUAACGUUGGGUUAGGUACAUGGACAACAUUCGGUGGGUUGGGUGGAUGCACUAGUGAGGAAACUGCAGAAGCCAUUGUGGCCUUGGCCUAUGACAGUGGUAUCAAUGUGUUCGACCUUAGCGAAGCACACAGUGGUCAUAGGGCUGAAAUCCAACUUGGUCGGAUUCUCUUACGACGCGGCUGGAACCGCUCCAGCUACAUUGUCACCACUAAAAUAUACUGGAGUACCAAAAGUGAGGGCCGAGGUCUAUCGAGGAAACAUAUUAUCGAAACCGUUCAGGCGUCCCUAUCAAGGCUGCAAUUGUCGUAUAUCGACAUUGUCAUGAUUCACAAGGUCGAUCCGAUGUGUCCAAUGGAAGAAAUCGUACGAGCUAUGAAUUAUGUUAUAAAUAGAGGAUGGGUUAUGUAUUGGGGUACAUCAAGAUGGUCGCCAGUUGAGAUAAUGGAGGCUUACUCGAAUUGCAGACAAUUUAAUUGCGUUACUCCGAUAGUUGAACAAGCAGAGUAUCAUUUAUUUUAUAGAGAUAAACCAGAACUUUAUAUGCCGGAAUUGUACAACAAAAUUGGCGUCGGUUUGAUGGCGUGGUCAACCGUUACGAUUGGUAUGGUUUCAAAACCCGAUGACUGCGGAGUUUCUUUUCUUUCAAGAUCUUCGUAUAAGAAUAAAUACUCGUCGUUUAGUUGGACGGAGGAUGAAACACAGUCAUUAUACAAAGAAAGUCGUCGGGAUCCACUGACACCUGAAAUAAGGGAACGACCAAUGGAUGAAGAACCACCACGUAAACCAUCGGACAAAUUACGUGAUGUUUGUGCGCUUGCUGAUCGAUUAGGAUGUUCCUUUGGGCAACUGGCAAUAGCGUGGUCUCUAAAAAAUGAAAGCGUUCAGUGCCUUCUUCUUGGAGCGUCAAAUAUCGAACAGCUUUAUGAAAGUCUACAAAGUCUGCAGCUGAUACCAAAACUAAAUUCAACUAUGAUGAAUGAAAUUGAAAGGAUACUAGAAAAUAAACCGUCCCGACCACCAAUGAUUUCAACACUAGCGCUCAGAUGACAAUCGGCAGGCCCCCAUGGAAGUGCUGGGGGCAGUAUGGAUGGAGCUGGCAGUCCUAAAAGUGAAACUGCACAAAGCAAUGAACAAGAUAAAGAAAUGACCAAUAAGCUAUCAUUUUGUGAAAUACAAUGAAUUUUAAUAGCAACAAGCACUCUGUGGUGAUGUUAUACUCAGGGCACCGUGGCAAUUACAGGCUUAAUGCCCUACCCCAGAUUUGUAAUUUCGGUAUUACUAAAUCUAUGAUCAAUAAUAAUACUUUGUAUUGAAAGAUGUUACCAAACCCACGACAAUAUUCCGGGUCACUUGAGGUAUUUAUAAUUAUAAUAAUAAUAAUAAUAACAACUACUGAUAUUCGAAUUUUUAAUCAAUAAUAAUAAUAAUAACAAUAAUAAUAAUAAUAAUGUACACAUGUGUAUACAGUAUUGUCCAAAUGAAGAUAAAUUUUUUUCUUCGCAGUUUUAUUUGUAAAAAAUAAUUUAUAUGCGCAAACCACUCGAUUAAUAAUAAUAAUAAUAAUAAUAAUAAUAAUAACGUAAAUAAAUGAGUACGCAAUUUUUCAUAAAGGAACAAAAAUAAUACCGAUAUUUGUCUUCUUACAAUUAAAAUAACACGCAAGCAAAAUAGUUAGAUUAAAAAUAAUUAAAUUAUUAUGUAGUUUAUCGAUUAUAAAUAAUAAUAAAAUAGAACUGGUGAUAUUAUUAAGUUUUGUU